CACAUUAUAAGUACGGAUAACUCUUCCACCCAACACAGAGACAAGAAGUAAAGAAAACCGCAAGAACAGUUGAACACAUUAAUCAAAGGAAAAGUCUGUGCAUUGAAGUGGGGGGUGUUUGAUUUAUUGAGGUGGUUAAGCGGUUGACAGAGAAAGGAAAAUGAGGGAACUACAAAGCCCUUCUUUUGAUAUCAUCGCCAAGCUUGUUGUUUCAGUCCCUUCAAGACAGUACGUGGCGGAGCAUCCAACCCAACAAACUACAACAAAAACAGAAACAAGCUUGCACUGACAACCCAAAGCUCUCUCAUUUUCUUCAUAUCUGUCAAAUCCUUCCUGGUUUAGAAAGAAGCAAGAGAGAGAGAGAGAGAGAGAGAGAGAUGGCAGGAAUGGCUGCUGCUUGUUCCUCUGGUGUGAUGUUCAGAGCUAGAGAAUUGGGAAGUAAUGGGGCUUCUCUGUUUCAAUACAGAGGGCUUAGGACAGGGGAAAACAGGAAACGGGGGAAUCCAGCUCCAAAAUGCAGAAAAAUCAAGGCCAUGGCUUCAACAGUUUCAGCUCCCAAACGAGAAACAGAUCCUAAAAAACGAGUUGUCAUAACAGGAAUGGGCCUUGUGUCAGUUUUUGGCAGUGACAUUGAUGCAUUCUACAACAAACUUCUUGAGGGAGAGAGUGGGAUUAGCCUAAUUGACAGGUUUGAUGCUUCAAAAUUCCCCGUCCAGUUUGCAGGUCAGAUUCGCAAUUUUUCUUCCGAAGGCUACAUUGAUGGCAAGAAUGAUCGCCGGCUUGAUGAUACCUGGCGUUACUGUUUAGUUGGUGGCAAGAGGGCCCUUGAAGAUGCCAACCUUGGAACUGAGGUUCUUGAAAAAAUGGAUAAAACAAAGAUUGGAGUUCUAGUGGGAUCAGGCAUGGGAGGCAUAUCAGCUUUCAGUGCUGGAGUGGAAGCUCUGGUCCAAAAGGGAUAUAAGAAGAUCACACCAUUUUUCAUUCCCUAUUCCAUCACCAACAUGGGGUCAGCAUUGUUGGCUAUAGACACUGGUUUAAUGGGACCUAAUUUCUCCAUUUCAACUGCUUGUGCAACUGCAAAUUACUGCUUCUUUUCAGCAGCAAAUCUCAUUAGAAUAGGUGAGGCAGAUAUCAUGGUAGCUGGUGGGACUGAGGCUGCAAUCACGGCUACCGGGGUUUCCGGGUUUAUAGCUUGCCGGGCUUUGUCUCAGAGAAAUGAUGAACCCCAUAAAGCUUCCAGACCCUGGGAUAAAAAUCGUGAUGGUUUUGUUAUGGGAGAAGGCUCUGGAGUGCUGAUUAUGGAGAGCUUGGAGAGCGCAAUGAGAAGAGGAGCUAAUAUAAUUGCAGAGUAUUUGGGAGGUGCUAUAACAUGUGAUGCUCAUCACAUGACCGAUCCUAGGUCAGAUGGCCUUGGAGUCUCAUCUUGCAUAACCAAGAGCUUACAAGAUGCAGGAGUUUCCCCUGAAGAGGUGAACUAUGUGAAUGCUCAUGCAACCUCUACACUAGCAGGGGAUAUGGCUGAGUUUAAUGCGAUCAAGAAGGUCUUUAAGGACACAUCAGAGUUGAAGAUGAAUGGGACCAAGUCAAUGAUUGGACAUGGCCUUGGGGCUGCUGGUGGAUUGGAGGCCAUAGCAACCAUAAAAGCAAUCACCACUGGUUGGCUGCAUCCAACUAUUAACCAAGAUAACCUGGAGUCUGCUGUUUCAAUUGACACUGUCCCAAACGUGAUGAAAAAGCAUGAAGUUAAUGUUGCAAUCUCUAACUCAUUCGGCUUUGGCGGGCACAAUUCGGUUGUCGUCUUUGCCCCCUUCACGCCCUAAAUAAAAGCCGGCCCUAAGAGUUUUCCCUUUCACCUUUCUAUUAUACUAGAAUCACCCAUUUUUAGAUGUUAAAGUUGUCAAAAGCAUAAAGGCGGUUACGUAUUCGAAUCAAGCAUUCUGUAAUGAGCCCUAAAGGCAAUGUUGCCCUUUCAAUGAUGUUGGUAUAUCUCAUCAUUAUUUCGAUGAAUCCGAAUUAGUCAUUUUUUAGUGAAUAAAACGUUGAUGCCAUUUUUCA